AUGAAAGUGGCGGCGAUCCUCUUAGUUGCGGUGACAGCAACUGGUGCUUUGCCCCUGUCGAAAGUGCACGUGAAAUUUAUAUCCCCUCCGCAUAUUUAUGAGCACGGUAUUACGACAGACGGAGAUCGGACGAUCGACCAGAGAUCUUACGUCUCUAUUGGGAGAAGAAGCACAACAGGAAAUCCCCGUGAAUUUGGACAACGUUUACGCAAUACAGGUAACGCUGCACCGGUGCACAUUAAACCGGAAAACGCCGAAGCACUAUGGCCGGUAGGAGUUUUCAUUCCGCCGAUAGAUAUCAAUGAUCUCGGUUAUAGUUCGCAAGAAUCGAGACAUGCGACACCUGACUUUACCAAUGGUCUCGAAUAUCACGACCCGUAUUUAUUAACUGGCGAGAAAGCAAUGCUGGCAGUAAAAUAUCUUUAUAGCCAAGGCGAACUGUUUUUCGACGAUAUUCCACACGAGAGAGCGCUUCUGCGAAAUCAGGAAGAAAGAAGACGAAACGGCCUCCACGACCAUAUAUUGCAUAGUUUAAGAACUAUCUCUCCGUUCGCUAGGAAAGCUUGA